AUGGUGGCCAUCGCGGAGCUGCAGGGCGACGACCACGAUAUGGCUGCGCAAGAAUCGGUGUGGGCAGACGUUACGCCUGUGCCCCAGGUGGAUGGCCCCGAGCCACUGUGCCCCAUCAUGUAUGACCCGGACUACACCAAGGCCAUGGACCUGUUUCGCGCUUUGAAGCAGAUGCGUCCUAACGGCGUCGAGGCAUCCGAGCGCGCGCUCGCGCUCACCGAGCAUCUGAUCUACCUGAACCCCGCCAACUAUAGCGUGUGGCAGUACCGCGCACAGGUCUUGCUCGAGAUGGCGGCCUCGGACGCUUCGCACCAGCGCCUGCGCGACGAGCUCGACUUUAUGGACGAGUUUGCGCAGGGCAAUAUGAAAAACUACCAGAUCUGGCAACACCGCCGUGUGAUUGUUUCGGUGCUCGGCGAUCCGAGCCGCGAACUUGCGUUUACCAGCACCGUCUUGGACCUCGACAGCAAGAACUACCACACGUGGGCCUACCGCCAGUGGGUGCUUGCACACUUUGGCGGUCUGCACAAGCACGACAACAAGGUGGAAGCACCAGGUGCAGGCGCGUUUCCGGCACUAUGGGACGGCGAGCUCGCGUAUGUUGACAAUAUGCUCGAGGCGGACGUGCGCAACAACAGUGCCUACAACCACCGCUGGUUCUGUGUGUGGGGCCGGCUCUUAGAAGGGCGCAUUGUCCCGCCUGAGCUUGAGGCAAAGCGCCAAGAAGAGAUCGACUAUGCCCUCAACAAGAUUGCCGUUGCGCCGAACAAUGCGAGCCCGUGGAACUACUUGCGGGGCGUGUGCACAGCCCUGACGCCCCGUGUACCGAUGCACACGAUCGAUGGCCGCGUCCUCUCCUAUAUUCCCCAACCCGACCACGAGCGUGCGGCGCAGCAGCCCGAGGUCGACGAGGCCGGCAAGACGCCAGCACAUGCACUCGAGUGGUUGCUGGACAGCGCUGCUGAGCGUAUCAAGGCCGGCGACGCCACGCUCAGGCCUACGUGUAGUGCACUCCUAGCGCGCCUCGCGCACGCGGACCCCGCACGAACCAAGUACUGGCAGUUCCGCCAAGCCGCCUUGCCGUAG